UGAAUUCAUAAAUUCUGUAACCAUUUAUAAUCCAAAAAUCAGAAGCCUCUUCUUCCUCUUCCUUCUUCUUCUAGUUUGUUCCCAAUCUCCACCACCACAAUUAUCCCCUUUUUUACAAACCCUCAUCCUUCCAAAUGCUCCAUAUUUCUUCCAUUCAUCCCUAAUUUUCUCAGGUAAACCAAUUACUCACUUCAAUCAUGCGUAUACAUACAGAAACGGCAUCAAAUUUCAUCUGUAUAUACAGAAAUGGCAUCUGUAUCGUGAAUUCAGAUUGAUAUUAUCCAAUAAAAACUCCUAAUCUCAUCGAAUUGCGAUGAGAUUAGUUCAAUUAUGAAUAUGCUGUAUGUACUGUUUGCGGUUAAUAUGUUUGGUAUCUGAUUGAUGAAGUUAGGGUUUGUGUUUCGAGUUUGUUGAUCUGAAUUGGACAUCUGUGAGUGUGUUUAGGAUUUGAGAUUGUAGAUUUGGAAAUUAGGUAGGGUUUAAAGUUUUAACUGUAGGUUUAGCACAGUGAUGGUGACUGUGAACGGUAAUGAUCCGUUGGAGCCGUUUUUUAACUCGGUUGAGCUUGUGAAACAUGUGUUUGGUCCAAUAGAAUCCGGUUUUAGGAAAGCUGCAAAGGAGUUUGAGCAUAGCUGGCCUGGUAGAAAGAAUGGGCGUAAAACCGGAGCAAACGGUAACCUUGAAUUAUUUGGUGUGGUUAGUGAUGAGAGAAAGAACGGUUUAUCGACUAACGUGUGGUUUAAGAACGAUGCUGGUGGUAACGAGCUUAAGGUUGAUAGGUUCAAGAAAGAGUUAGAUGUGCAGGAUUGCGGUAAAGAGGAUGGAAGUUGUGUUAACUGCAUGCAGUUUGUGGUCACUUGGUCUUUGCUGGUUAGUAGUUUUGUUCAGGCGGUUCCGGUCCCGUUCAGAAACGGUAAAAAGAAGCUACAGAAAAAGACCAACGGAACCAAGCGUGAUAAGUUUUCUAGAGAUAGAAAUGAUAUUAUGGCUAAAGGAGCAUUCACAGAAAGUAUUUCCGGUGAAAGAAAGCGAACAAAUUUGGAAAGUGAGCUGGUUUCGGUGUCAUGUGAGGAAACUUUGAAAACUAAAGAUGAACAUGGUUUGUCGGUUGAGCAUUUUAUCGGGUUUGUUCUUGAUCAACUUGCUCAAAAUCUACAUAAGUUUGAGUUAGGUGUACAAGAAAGCGGAAGUGAGAAAUGGGACGUACCUACGGUUCCUCCCUUGAAGGCUGUUGGUAGUAUUUUGGAAAGUAAAAAAUCCGAUUUGAACGGCUUUUUGGGGAACUUGAAGUUUGCGAGAGUUGGAGGUGUACCAUCGGGUAUUGUCGACAUGACGUCUCCUGUUAAGGAUGACAGUGAUGAUACCGUUAGGUCAAGUGUUACUGAAGAGAAUGUUAGCAGCUUCCCGCAGAAGAUGGCUAAUGGUUUGCUAAGUAUUCCGUUAUCAAAUGUUGAGCGUUUAAGAUCCACUUUGUCUACCGUUUCAUUGACUGAGUUAAUCGAGCUUGUACCGCAGUUAGGACGGGCAACUAAAGAACAUCCUGAUAAGAAGAAACUUUUUUCGGUCCAAGAUUUCUUCAGAUACACAGAGGCAGAAGGAAGGAGAUUCUUUGAGGAGUUAGAUAGAGACGGUGACGGACAAGUAACGCUAGAAGAUCUCGAGGUUGCUAUUAAAAAGAGAAAGCUUCCUAAAAGAUACGCGCAUGAAAUGUUGCGUCGCACAAGACGGCACUUGUUUUCAAAAUCAUUCGGCUGGAAACAGUUUUUAUCUUUAAUGGAACAGAAAGAACCGACAAUCCUUAGAGCUUACACUACUCUUUGUUUAACCAAAUCCGGAACGCUGCAAAAAAGUGAAAUUUUAGAAUCGUUAAAGAACGCAGGUCUUCCCGCAAACGAAGAUAAUGCGGUUGCCAUGAUGCGGUUUCUCAGAUCCGACACUGAAGAAUCAAUUUCGUAUGGUCAUUUCAGAAACUUUAUGCUUCUUCUCCCAUCCGACCAGCUUCAAGAGGACCCACGAAACUUAUGGUUUCAAGCUGCCACUGUUGUGGCAGUGGCACCGCCAGUGGAAGUGCCUACCGGAAGUGUAUUAAAGUCUGCGUUAGCAGGCGGUCUUGCUUGUGCGUUAUCUACAUCUGUAAUGCACCCUAUUGACACAAUUAAGACUCGAGUACAAGCUUCAACGCUUAGUUUCCCGCAAAUGAUUGCAAAACUUCCAGAACUUGGAUUUCGUGGAGUAUACAGAGGCUCUGUUCCUGCAAUUAUAGGACAAUUUUCAAGCCAUGGAUUACGGACCGGAAUCUUUGAAGCAAGUAAGAUCGUGUUGAUAAACGUUGCUCCAACACUUCCAGACCUACAAGUACAAUCUGUAGCAUCAUUUUGUAGCACGGUUUUAGGAACCGCAGUUAGAAUUCCGUGUGAAGUAUUGAAGCAGAGGUUACAGGCCGGCAUAUUUAACAACGUAGGGGAAGCAAUCAUCUGCACAUGGCAACAAGAUGGUCCCACCGGUUUCUUCCGUGGGACCGGUGCUACUUUAUGUCGGGAAGUCCCGUUUUAUGUUGCGGGCAUGGGACUUUAUGGAGAGUCUAAAAAGGUUGUUCAGCAAGCUCUGGGACGGGAACUUGAACCAUGGGAGACAAUUGCGGUUGGAGCUAUAUCCGGUGGUCUGGCCGCAGUCACAACAACACCCUUUGACGUGAUGAAAACUAGAAUGAUGACUGCACCUCCAGGGCGACCCGUGUCGAUGUCGAUGAUUGCGUUAUCUAUUCUUCGUCAUGAGGGCCCACUUGGAUUAUUUAAGGGGGCUAUACCUAGGUUCUUCUGGAUCGCACCACUCGGUGCUAUGAACUUUGCAGGCUAUGAGCUCAUGAAAAAUGCGAUGUCUAAAACCGAAGAGCAGCAGACUCUAGAACAGCAAGCGACCGAGCAGCUUUCGCAGAAGUAGUAAGAUUUCGUUUUAUUUGUACCGAUGGCAUGUGAACGCUACGAGGAAGUUUUGAACGUUUUCCAUGGUUAAGUGACGACAUGUGCCACGAAUUUUAAUUGCUAGACAUCUCCAUGCUGUUUUGGACAGUCGGACGGUCGAUUAUAGGAUGUUAGGACUGCUACUUAUUUCAUGGAAAUAGCGAUCUUUUUGUUUCAAAUGUUUUUGUACUUAUGAUUCGCGUUAUACCUAUGUAGUUGUGAACACUUAUGUCACUAAAAAGAUCUCUUUAGCCACCAUGAUUACA